GGGCCGUGCCGGCCUAUGAGCGGCGGCCCCGUGCCCCGGAAGGGGCGUGGCGCGAGGCGGAAGUCCCCCCUCCCCUUUUCCUGCUGGCCCGCCGCUCGGUGCCCCCUCCCGCUGGGCUCCGCCAUGUCGCCGGUGCGGGCGGUGCUGGCGCUGCUGGCCGCGCUGGCGGCCCCGGCUGCCGCCUACUUCGUCAGCAUCGACGCGCACGCUGAGGAGUGCUUCCUGGAGCGGGUGCCCUCCGGCACGAAGAUGGGGCUCAUCUUCGAGGUGGCGGAGGGGGGCUUCCUGGACAUCGACGUGGAGAUUACAGGGCCUGAUAAUAAAGGAAUUUAUAAAGGCGAUCGAGAGUCCAGUGGAAAAUACACGUUUGCCGCCCACAUGGAUGGGACUUACAAGUUUUGCUUUAGCAACAGAAUGUCCACCAUGACUCCCAAGAUAGUGAUGUUCACUAUUGAUAUCGGGGAAGCUCCAAAGGGGCAAGACAUGGAGACAGAAGGUGGUGGAGAUACCUGGGAUGCUCAUCAGAACAAGCUAGAAGAGAUGAUUAAUGAGUUAGCAGUGGCCAUGACAGCUGUAAAGCACGAACAGGAGUACAUGGAAGUUCGUGAAAGAAUACAUAGAGCAAUUAAUGACAACACAAACAGCAGAGUGGUUCUUUGGUCAUUCUUUGAAGCUCUUGUACUAGUUGCCAUGACACUGGGACAAAUCUACUACCUGAAGAGGUUUUUUGAAGUCCGAAGGGUUGUUUAAGAGUACUUUUCUGGUCCCGGAUUUCAGUUCACUGUCUACCAAACAUCCUGGUCACAAAAAAGUCAUUUAGUUUCUGAACCCUCUUUACUGAACUGUAAAACUUAUUUGCUUAUGUUCCUUCCUAGUUAAAAAUGAAUUGUUUUUAUAUAUCUUCUGUAGCAAAAGCUGUGCUGAAAUCUUGUCACUUAAUUGGCAUAAUUUUUUUCACUUAAAUCUGCCUAGUCUGUAUGCUAAACGAGGUCCAAGCAAGCUGCAAAUGCUGUAUUUCAACUGUAGUAACAAGCAAUGUUGAUGUCUUUUCUAACUUUUUUUUCCUGUUUUCCUAAGUACUUGCAGUUCUAUCUAGGGAAACGGUACAAGGCCCUAACAUGACUGUUUGCAUUUCUGACAUCUUUAACCCUGCAGUAGGUGUUAUGAAAUCAAAAUAAUUCCUUCUUCACUUACAUAAACUGCCAAGGAGGAGCGAUUGGAACUUUGUUCUGAUAAUGAACAGAAGACAGCUGACCACUUCCGAUCUAGUAUUCAUACCUAGUUGCUAUUUAAAAGAAAGUCUUCAGUAACGAUCCUAAUUACAUCAACUUAUUCCCAAAGUUCUUUUAAAUUAAAUGGUCGAUAUGAAAAUA